GGCACGCGCAUUGACCGUUUGUUUAUAGGCUUGUGCGCGCACGAGGGCUGGAGGGCAGCGCGAAAACCUCAUUGACGUUAAGUUACUCAGUGGUUUGGCACCGGCAGCACCUCAGAGAGUAAAAGUGGAAUAAAUAAUUAAUUUAGGAAGGAAAGAAGAGGAAAGUUACAGUUCGAAGCACAAAGGUAAUGUGACAGAGAACACUUCCUGCAUCUGAAGCAGAGGAAACUGGAGAUGAAGACUGCGGGACCGUGGAGGACAGGGCCACUGCUGGCUGUGCUGCUUCAGUUUCUGUUGCCUGCUGUCAGAGCCAGCAAGACUUGGAGCCAGAAUGGGCCGCGACUGCAGCUCUCCUAUACAGAAAUGCGUUCAAGGAACAGUUCAGCAGUGUUCUGGCAGGGUGGGUCCAGUGGUGGCUACCAGACGCUGCUGCUAGACGAGGACCGGGGCUGGCUGUUGGUGGGAGGACGAGACCAUGUGUAUAUGCUCCAGUCUGAGAGUCUUACCCAGCCCAUGCGCAAGAUUCACUGGCCAGCUGGAAGGGAACAUACUGAACGUUGCAGGCAUGCAGGAAAGAAUCUGUCGACUGACUGUGCCAAUUUUGUGAAGCUCCUGCAACCGUUCAACAAAACUCAUGUGUAUGUGUGUGGAACCGGGGCAUACCACCCUCAGUGUACAUACAUUGACCUGGGCCACAGCAUCGAGGAACCUGCAUUUACACUGCUGAGCCAUGCUGUUGAGUCCGGGAGAGGGAAAUGUCCCUUUAGUCCACACGAAUCGUUUACCGCACGACUCACUGAUGGAGACCUGUAUGCAGGAACGUCAGUGGACUUCAUGGGAAAUAACGCAGCCAUAUUUCGCACCUCUGUGCACACCAGCAGUCAGCACUACAUCCGUACUGAGGCUUACCAUGACCACUGGCUCAAUGAGCCAGAGUUCGUGGACUCUUACUCCAUCCCAGACACGCACAGCCUGGACGAUGACAAAGUCUACUUCUUUUUCAAGGAAACGGCUGUGGAGUCCAACCAGCUGGACAAGCGCGUCUAUAGCCGAGUGGCCAGAGUUUGCAAGAAUGACAUUGGUGGGAAGAGGAGUCUGAUUAAUCGUUGGAGCACCUUCCUAAAGGCUAGACUGGUGUGUUCAGUGGCAGGGCCAGGAGGCAUGGACACACACUUCGAUGAGCUGGAGGACAUCUUCCUGUUGGAGACCAAAGACUCACAGAAUCCAGUCAUUUAUGGAGUCUUCUCAACUUCCAGCUCCGUCUUCAGAGGCUCGGCCGUUUGUGUCUACUCCAUGGCGUCCAUUCGAGCUGCCUUCAAUGGGCCCUUUGCUCACAAAGAGGGCCCCGACUACCGCUGGGUGGAGUACAAAGGGAGGAUCCCAUAUCCACGGCCUGGAACUUGUCCCAGUGAGACGUACGAUCCACUCCACAAGUCUACCCGUGACUUUCCCGAUGACGUGGUGAGCUUCAUGAGAGGGCACCAGUUGAUGUGGGAGCCAGUGGUUCCCAUCCACCGACGGCCAGUGUUCACCCACGUCAAUGUCCCCUACAGGCUGAAGAAGCUGGUGGUGGACAGAGUGGAGGCAGAGGAUGGCCAAUAUGAUGUAUUGCACUUGGGUACAGAUGACGGGAAAGUACUGAAGGUGGUGUCCAUCCCCAAGGAGAAUUUGGAAACUGAGGAAAUCAUACUGGAAGAGCUAGAUGUGUUUCAGAGCCCCAUACUAAGCAUGGAGCUGUCCACCAAGCGGCAAGUGCUGUUUGUGAGCAGUGAUAAGGAGGUGGCUCAGUUGCCUCUGCAGCGGUGUGAACUCUAUGGGAAGGCAUGUGCAGACUGCUGCCUGGCUAGAGACCCUUACUGCGCCUGGAACGGCACCACUUGUAGCAGCUAUUCGCCCAGUAACAAGAGGCGCGCCCGGAGACAGGAUGUGAGGUAUGGGGAUCCCUGGAGCCAGUGUCAAGAUCUAGCAGAUGGCUUUGAGGACAUUGAGCUGAAGAUGAUUUAUGCAGUCGAGAGCAACUCAACUUUCUUGGAGUGCAUGCCACGAUCACCACAGGCAACGAUCAAAUGGGUCAUGCAGCAGAGCCACACUCAGACCACUAGGGAGCUUCUCCCUGGUGAAGAUAACGUCAUUCACACCCGCCGUGGUCUCCUCCUGCAGCACAUCACCUCUUUGGAUGCUGGUCUCUACCUGUGCACGGCACACGAGCGGUUAUUCUCCCGCAUGCUGGCGCGCUACGAGCUGCGAGUCAUCAAUGAACCGCACGCACUGGCCUCCAGGCCGGCCACUAACCAUGCGCCGUUGCCGCUGAGCUUGAAGGAGCUGAACCUGAUCGGUGUCGGUGGGCUCACAGCGGAUGAGUACUGCGAGCAGCUGUGGUAUCGUGAGAAACGAAGGCAGCAGAAACUGCGCACACUGAAGUGGAAGCAAACAUCAGAAAACCGCAAGGCGCGAGUCCGGCGGCAAAAUCCACCAUAUGAGCCGCUUAAGUGAAGGUGGAGUAAUAGACUUUGGAGGGGAGUAGAAGGACAUUUGUAUUUGCCUUGGUUGAUCAGUGUGUUUCAGGAUUAGCCACUUUCGCUUUGUUACUGCUUAUAAAGGCCACAUUAAUCCGAGUUGUAAAGAAAACAAUAUUAUCGAUAUUCUGCUCUUUUAAAAAAGCCUGAUCCUGGUAGGUUGCCAAAAAUGGGUUAGUAUUCAGACCGGAAUAUUGACCUUUCUUACCACUAAUCAUGUGUAGUAGUAUAUUUUCUAUAUAAUAGAAAAGAUUACGUGAAAGUUUGCACUGUCCACUGAAGACUCACAUCUUGCUGAACACAAUGCUCAUUUUGCUCCAUUGAUGAUUGUGAAGCAAGCGUAAGAUGAAUAAGAUUAAAAUAGUACACUUAACCACACUGUGGAACUCGCCCUUGGUAUUGUCCCGAUGACAGAUGUUAGGAUUAAGUCAGAUAUUGUACCACACCUGUUAUAGUGCUCCAUGGGCCAGUUUAUUUCUGGAUAGCGUCAGUUGGACUUAACACAGUUCGGGAGAAAGUGGACUAAUUCUAUUGGUAAUUAUAUUUAGAAUAUGUUUGCGCUUUUAUUAAUUUCCUGAUGAGGAGCAAUCAGUAAAUGCAGUCAGUAUGUGUUCUCAAUUAGUGCAAAAAAGUGCAAGCUUUCAAGGGCUUUGGCUUUGAGCUAACUCUGUGCAAUAUCCUUUUCUGCUAAAUUUUUCACCAGGCUGGUGGCACCCAGUCAGAUUUCUCUAUAAUUAUGCCCAUUUUUACUUCAUGAGGGGCAUAUUAUCUGACCAAGGCAGAAGGAACUGAGUGACUGUGCAGUGUAAAGUUCAAGGGGGUAAGUUCGUUCCACUGAGGCGCAACAAUUUGCAGCAGGAUAUAUUUAUGAUUAAUAACUCUACAAUUGACAUCAGUUACUAGUGGAGGGAGUGUCAUGCCCUGAAAGCAUCAACUUCUUUGAGUGAGUAAACAAUCAAAUGACAUUGUCCUAUUUUUAUUUAUUAAAAUUAAUUUUUGAAAUAAUUUGGAUCUUAGUUAUGCCACUGUAGCAGAGUGUAAUAAUGAAAACUUUUAUCCCAAAGGUGUGGAUAAUGGGCAGAUGUUGUUUCCACACUUUUGGCACUUGCGUUUAUUGGUUACUGUUCAUCGUAAUAUUGGGAAUGGGGCAGAUUUGGACAAGGAUGCGUACCACUUUCUUUUGGAGUUUGUUAAGUGUAACUGAACACUACCCAGAAAGCAAGACACCAGGGUUGAGAACUACUGCACUAACUUCAGCUCUGACCAGGUAACAAUGCACUCAGCUAAUCCUGAAACUAAACGGCUAUCGACCAGGCUGCUCAAAACAAGCCAGCGUGCAAAUAUGAACUGACUUGUUUGUUCUUGCUAGGCAUGUAGAGUUUAUAGUACACGGAUUUGUAUACCAGUCUACAAUGGACUUUUCAUAACACAACAUAAACAGAGUUUUGUGUAAUCAUCUGAGAGAACAACUUGGACAUUGUUCUGACAACAGCAGGUGCCUCUGAAACAGAGUGGAGGAAGCUCAGCAUGCUUCUUACGCAACCCAGGAUGUUCUAUUCAUCUCUUUCCUUCCUUUCCAGGCACAGUGUCUUUCUCUUUCCUGAGAACAAGCAACUCUGGAUCAUGUUUGUGAGAAGAAGAAGAAAAAAAAUCUUCACUCAGAGCUAAUCUGCCUGAGUAUGAUCUCGGGGACCAGUUAGCACAGUGUCAUUUUUAUGAUGCUUUCUGAUCCUUAGUAGUUUUCAUUCAUCAGCUACGCUGGCAUUUGUGAGGGGGGAUGUAUUCCUUUAAGCCCCUCACUCAUUUUCUGACAAUCACUGAUCUUAGUGCAGUUUGCUGGGAAAGGAUGUGCCACUCAGCUGUGAGGAGCGAGCUUGCACAGAAGGAAUAUCAAAGCGUGGAAGCAUCUGGGAGAAAUGAGCAUGCAGUAAAUUGGAUGGAGUCUUUCAUAUUCCUCUCGGUGCCCAUGAAGACGGCUUCCAGGGCCCUCAGGAUAACUGGGCCACUGCAAAUGGAAAUCUUUGUCUGCUCAUCGUGACAGGCUGAAACGAAAAGUUUUGAGUAACAUGGUCUGAUAUUUGGAAAAGUGUUACAAAGAAUAUGGGUGGCUUUAUCAAAGGCACACUGAAGGGGAAUUCCACCUUUUUUUUCAAAAUUUCUACAUAAUUAAAUGGUUGAGAUGUAAACAAAGUGAUUCAGAGUAGUUUGGUGUGAAGUGCUCCGUUCUAGAGAAACUUGGAGUCAGAAUUGUUCACAGUGGUGAUAGGAACCUAACAUCCACCUCUAAAAGCUUCCUACACAGAAAGUUAUUACAUGAAAUGCUUAUGAAUUCGCUGCCUGAUGUCUGAGACACCGUUUCACAAAGUUUUGCUCUGAAACGUCUUAUUAAUUCAUUCAUUUUAAUCCAUUCCUGGCGGAGGGAUAUAUUCAUGUACAAAAUAGUCCCCAAAGAAAAUUUAUUUUUUCAGAUGUUCCACUAUUUUACCAUCUUCAACUUUACAUAUAAACUCGGAAGACACUUGAAGGUUCACUGACUAUUUGAAUAGUAAAUAAAAUGGCUAUAUUUGUGUUGUGGACAUGGCGACCCCUGGUUCCUAUCACCACCACUGUAAGGAAACUUUCUCUACAUUGAACCAUUUCAUA